AUGGGGUAUUUUCUGGCGGACGGAAUUUAUCCGGCAUGGUCAACUUUAGUUCAAGCUUACGAAGAGAUACCUAUAAACGAGGAAUAUGUUUGUGCUCAAUGGUUGUUUAACAAAAGACUGAUGGCGUGUAGGAAGGAUAUGGAACGAUCAUUUGUAAUUUUGAAGAGAAAGUUCCAUAUAACUUGUGGACCAUAUCGUUUGUUUAAACUAAUAGAAAUGAACAGGAUUAUGCUCAUCUGCAUCAUUUUGCAGAAAAUGGUAAUCGAGGAAACUCGACGGGUUAAAACCUGGGUUCAUCAUCCAGAUAAAGAUUUGAGGAAGGAAGUUCAACCCGCAUGGGGUGUCUCUGCAAGAGGUUACAAAAUGGUGGAAGAGAGAAUUCAAAACAGAGGUUUAUAUUUAAGACUAAGGGAGGAUCUCAUUGUUCACUCUUGGGAUGAUUUUGGAAGAAGAAACCCUCGUAGAAUUUAG